AUGCCAUUCCUUGUCUUCAAUCUCUUCAUCUUCACCACCACACUCUUACUUCUCUCCGCCUCUUCUGAUGUAAUCUACGACUCUGCCGGCACCGAGCUUCUGAGGGGCAACCCCUACUACAUUCUCCCCCUCCUCCGUCGCUCCGGCGGCGGACUCACUCUUUCUCGGAACACCAAAGACACAUGUCCACUCAACGUCACUCAAGAGUCCUUCGAGGUCAACAAUGGAGGUCCGUUCACCUUCAGCCCCAUAGUCCACGACGAAGAAAUCAUCCCAGUUGCUUAUCCCAUUUCGAUUUCAGCUUAUGUCGUAAACCCUUGCCAUGGAUCGAACAUAUGGAAGGUGACGACGUCGACGGCGGCAGUAGCCAAGAACGACGAAGAUGAACCACUGACGACUAAUAAAGCUAAAAAGAAGAAAGAUGAUGAUGAUGAUAAGAAGAAGAAGAAGAAGAAGAAGAAGAAAGAUGAUGAUGAUGAUGAUGAUGAGAAGAAAGAUGAUGAUGAUAAGGGAGUUGUUCCUGUUCAAAUAGUGACCACCGGUGGGGAGUUCAACACGCCGGAAAGUUGUUUUCAGAUCGUGGAAGGUGAUAUUAUGGAAGGAUUGCAGAGCUACCAGAUUCAGCAUUGCCCGUUUAAAUGUGGUUCACCAGGAACUGAUAAUACUUGCUAUAACGUCGGCGUUAUUAGAGAUGCCGACGGUAUUAAUGGAUACGUUGGUCGUACGGAUGCUAUAUUCCCUGUUGUGUUUAAAAGUUAUGAUGGCACAUUUAGCCAACCGACUAGUAUUAGCCCGAUAUCGUCCUUUGUGAGCACAUUUAGCAAAUCGGAAAAUGAGGUCGAAUAA